AUGAAACUCUUUCUUAUUCUCGCUGUCGCGCUAUGCGCAUACGCCGCAGAAGUGAAAGAGAAGGAAGAGAAAACUGAAACUGUACAGAACAAGGACAAGAGACAAACACAAGACGAACUUGUGGCCACAGACGUAGUAUACAGGGUGCCAAGGAAACAGGAACAAGUCGCGCCCGUUGAAGAACCCCAGGAAGAGGACAGAAUAAGUGGUGGCAAUGAAGAAUAUCGUCCAGGCCAAGUGUUCUCCCUAAACGCUCAAGAGCUGUUAGAACUGCAGCCGGAGAGGAAAUCACCAGUAUCCAAUGACCAGUUGCUUCAGCAGUUGUAUACUCCUCAACAACAAGAGCACAAGCAGAACUUGCAGCAGUUAUAUUACCUCGAGCCUCAACCGCAAGUUGGUAGACAGGUAUCACUUCAACCAUCUCAUGCUGUGAUAGCUCGUCCGUCUUACUCAUCCAAUGGGGGAGAAGCAUCAGUUGGCGCCGCUCUUUCAGUCAGUGACAGUGGAGCUACCCAGACGCAAUCGUUUGAUCAAAAUCUGUUAGGAAUUUUAAACCAGAUUCACCAAGUCAGGCAGGAUGACAAUCACCAACAAAGUUAUUCACAGCUUCAACCAAUUCAACAAACAUCAGCCCCAAAUCUUGCUCCUCAACAAAAUCAACAGGUUGACAGAUACGUAACAAAGCCCGUUAAGAAAACUACAAAAUUGCGUAACAAAGCGCAAAUCAACCCACCACAGGCAUCAGCUGCGCCACAACAGUACUUGAUCGAAACAACCAACGUACAACAGCAACAAAAUCAGCAACCACAACUUCAACAAGUACAGCCACAGCAGCAAUAUCGUCCUGUUGUUCAACAGCAAAGACCCCUACAGGCUCUCCGGUACGUUCCUCUACAACAAGCACAACCAGCCAUUCAACAGAUAUAUUAUGAACGUCCAGAAUCACAAGGGCUAAAGGUUGUUCCUGCUCCCAAACUACAGCAGUUACCGCAGAUCCCGCAGAUCCCGCAGAUCCCGCAGCUGCCACAGCCAAUGGCAAGACCCCAACUUACCUAUAGAAUAGUACCCCAAUACCAACAGCCCGAAGCUACACCAAAACAGUACAGAAUCAUCGAGGUACCCAGGCCACAACCCAUCAGACAAGAGCCCAGACUUCAAGCGGCCAGCGUUGAAAGGCCUAUCACAUAUUUAAAGCGAUACCCAGAGCCAGAAAAGAUGCGUGCUGUUAAAAUAUACGAACCGAUUGAAUUGCCUGUACCUCAACAGCCUGCUCAAAUUAUCGGUGAGCAGUAUUAUAUCCGGCCCGUUUACAGACAGAAUGAGCAGAGGGUGAGAUACGAUUUACCAAUAACGAUGAGACAAAUAGAACAGCCAAGGCCUGUGGAAGCAACGAAAGCUCCUUCUUCGGCUAUAUAUGUGAGCAAAAAUCUUGCUCCUAAGAAAAUAAGACCGCAGCCUGUUAGAACGGAACAGAAUAUCAAAAUUGAGCAGCCGACGUAUGAGCAACAAAGUUCAUCGCCUGUUAGUAUUGAGCAACAAACUCAAAGUUUAGAGGAACAAAGAGCACAAUUGCCUCCUCCUAGAAAUAAUAAAGCAUAUACUCCGGAAGAGUUUGCUGCUUUAGUAGCGGCUGGUUACUCAGUGACACCAAUACCAGUUGGUGCCCACAUAGCUCAAUCGCGAUCUUCAGCAGAACCUGCGCCUCAAACCAAACGGCGACCCAUCUACAGACGACCACAGUAUCUACCUAUAAGAGAUGACGCGCCUUAA